AUGGAGCAUCCAAUUGUCAAGAUCCAAGAAGGAUUAAUUCGAGGAGUUGAAGAAAUCAGCUGUGAUGGUGUUAAGUUCCUUGCUUUCAAGGGAAUUCCUUAUGCUGAGCCGCCUGUUGGACAACGGAGGUUCCAAGAUUCUCAGCCGGUUAAAUCUUGGUCUGGAAUCUUCAAUGCUAGUCGUCAUUCCAGAAAAUGUGGACAGAUAAACUGGUUCAGUAAGACAAGCAGUGGUGAUGAUGACUGCUUGUAUUUGAACGUCUAUACCAGGGAUUUGACCGGCAGAAAGCCUGUCAUUUUUACAAUCCACGGUGGAAACUUCUCCUUCGGUUCCGGAGACGACGACAUCCUGGGUCCUGAUUUUCUGGUUGAGGAAUUAAUUGUUGUGACGAUAAACUACCGCGUUGGAAUACUGGGGUUUCUUAAUCUAGAAGACGAAUCAGCACCCGGGAAUCAAGGACUCAAAGACCAGGUGCUAGCUCUAAAGUGGGUAGCCAGAAACAUCUCUAAUUUCGGUGGUGAUCCUACGAACGUCACUAUCUAUGGAUACAGCGCAGGUGGCGCAGCAGUUCAUUACCUGGCGCUAUCACCCCUAGCUGAGGGACUGUUUCACAAAGCGAUACUCCAGAGUGGAGUGGCUAGCAACCCCUGGGCCAGUGUUUCUAUAGAUUCUAUGAAAGAAUCAGCGGUUAAAAUCGCUGGGACUUUAGGAUUUGAGUCCAAAGAUCUGGUCCAGGUGCUUAACUUCCUGAAGACAGUAAAAAUCAGAGAUCUUCUAGAAGCAGAGGCUUCUUUCUCCACCUGGAAUAUCAGCGUCAACACAUUUGGCCCUUCGGUGGAUUCUUGUGCCAAAAAUUCCUUUCUAAAGAUCCCUGUUGAAGAAGCUAUCAAAAAGGGGAUCAGCGUUCCUUGCAUCCUAGGCUCGACCACCCACGAAGCUGUCAUGCAGCUAGCUAGUAAGUUAAUGGGUCUUAUUUUGAAUGACGAGCACCUGUCGUUGAUGAAUCAAGACCAGAACCUGGUGUUCCAUCCAUCAACUGCUAGGUUCUUGGAGCAGCAGAAUAUACCUCUGGAUGUUGUUAGGAAGUUCUUUAUGAAUGACAUGGAGAUUUCACGGAAGAACAUUGAGAAUGUUAUCCAGCUGAUGAGCUUCAUUCAUUUUUUAGCUGAUAUUCAACAUAUUCUGGAGAUCCAGCAGGUUAAUGAUGUUCCUUGCUACUACUUAAAGUUUGGACACUUCUCAGAGGACACGGCGAUGAUCCAAAAGAUCAUGAGAACCAAUUUGAAAGGUGCAUCUCACUGCGAGGAUGUCGGCUAUCUUUUCAACAUGAAGGCCUACGAGAAAAUAGGAAUCGAACCACCGCAAAAGGGAACUGUGGAGUGGACCAUUCAACGGAGAUUCAUUGAAUUCUGGACUGCUUUUGCUAAAACUGGGUAA